AUGUAUAGAAACUCAAAUUUUCCAUUAUAAGAACCAAAAAAAAAAGAAAUUGAUUUUUAAGCAGUUGACAGACUUCUAGAAUACACUAAACAAACUCAUAAAAAUUCUUAGGGACAAAUAAAAUUGGCAGAUUAAGAUGAAAAAGAAAAAUAUAAAAAUGCUAGAGCUAAUUCAUUAACUUAAAGGAUUUCUCUUUAUGAAUCAAAUUAAUAGUAUAAAAGAGAUAGAUUAUCUUUUCAGGAUAUAGACUUUUGUAAGAUUGUUAUGUUUUUAAUGGCUGCUGAAAUAGAAAGACUUAGAGAAUAAUUAGAAGAAAAUUUAAAUUAAGAACAAAUUAGAAAGAACUUUGAAGGAAUGUAAUCUUCUAUUAAUUAAUGGAGACUUAGAUUUGAAUAAAAGUAAUAUUCUUAUAAAUAAAAUAUAGAGAGGAAGAGUGUGAUUAACUAAGAGAAGAAUUAAUCAAUUUUAAAAAAAUUAAUAAAGAGAAUUAUGAAAAAAAUGUUUAAGCAUUAUAUCUACAAAUUGAAAAAUAAAAAACUGAAAUUGAAGAAUGUUAGCUGUAUUCAAAAUAAAAGCAAGAUGAAAUUGUUUCUUUAAAUUUAUAACUGUAAUAAAAAAAAAAUUAAUUGGAUCAAUCAGACAUGACUAUAAAAAUGUUAAAAAAUGAAGGGCAAAACUUGUUAAACAAACAUGAUCUAAAAUAUGAUUAAUUUAUUGAUGAACUUAACAAUGAGAUUGAAAACCUUUAACAAAAUUACAGAAAGUUAUAUAAUGAUUAUUAGUAAUAUAAAUAAAGUUAAAGUUAAAUGUAUGAAUAAUAGACUUAGGUACCCAAUUCUAGAAUUCAGAGUUAAUAAUAAUAAUAAUACAUUCUUUAAGAAAAUAAAGAAAUAAANUAUUUAAUCAAUUGGAAGCUAAUUUACAAUAAAUUAUAUUCUUAUUUUUUUGAAGAAAUGAUUCCUAAUCUUUUAAUCAUUAUUAUUUAGAAGGUCUAAUUCUUAUUAAGUGUUAAAAUAUUAUUAAAAAAUAAGUUAAAUCAACAAAAAGUAAAUUAAAUGUAUAGAAACUCAAAUUUUCCAUUAUAAGAACCAAAAAAAAAAGAAAUUGAUUUUUAAGCAGUUGACAGACUUCUAGAAUACACUAAACAAACUCAUAAAAAUUCUUAGGGACAAAUAAAAUUGGCAGAUUAAGAUGAAAAAGAAAAAUAUAAAAAUGCUAGAGCUAAUUCAUUAACUUAAAGGAUUUCUCUUUAUGAAUCAAAUUAAUAGUAUAAAAGAGAUAGAUUAUCUUUUCAGGAUAUAGACUUUUGUAAGAUUGUUAUGUUUUUAAUGGCUGCUGAAAUAGAAAGACUUAGAGAAUAAUUAGAAGAAAAUUUAAAUUAAGAACAAAUUAGAAAGAACUUUGAAGGAAUGUAAUCUUCAAUUAAUUAAUGGAGACUUAGAUUUGAAUAAAAGUAAUAUUCUUAUAAAUAAAAUAUAGAGAGGAAGAGUGUGAUUAACUAAGAGAAGAAUUAAUCAAUUUUAAAAAAAUUAAUAAAGAGAAUUAUGAAAAAAAUGUUUAAGCAUUAUAUCUACAAAUUGAAAAAUAAAAAACUGAAAUUGAAGAAUGUUAGCUGUAUUCAAAAUAAAAGCAAGAUGAAAUUGUUUCUUUAAAUUUAUAACUGUAAUAAAAAAAAAAUUAAUUGGAUCAAUCAGACAUGACUAUAAAAAUGUUAAAAAAUGAAGGGCAAAACUUGUUAAACAAACAUGAUCUAAAAUAUGAUUAAUUUAUUGAUGAACUUAACAAUGAGAUUGAAAACCUUUAACAAAAUUACAGAAAGUUAUAUAAUGAUUAUUAGUAAUAUAAAUAAAGUUAAAGUUAAAUGUAUGAAUAAUAGACUUAGGUACCCAAUUCUAGAAUUCAGAGUUAAUAAUAAUAAUAAUACAUUCUUUAAGAAAAUAAAGAAAUAAAUAUGUUAAAUUAAAUGAAUCAAUAACUAUAAAAUGAAAAUACCAAGCUUAAAGACGAUUUAUUUAAGUAAUCAAGAGAACUGAAACAUGGUGUUGUUGAUCAAAUGUACUACUUUUUCGUAUUUAUUUAUACGGAAGUUCAAAACUUUUAAAUUAUAAAGCAUUUAUAUAUCUACUAGUUCAUAUAAUAUUUCAUGAUUAUGUGA